AUGGCAUGCUUUCGUAAAGCCAUUCAAUUAAAUCCACGAAGUUAUAAAGCUUGGAAUGGUGUAGCUAUGGUUUAUUUAAAGCAAGAAAAGUUUCCAUCAGCUGAAUUUCAUUUUACAAAAGCAACCAAUAUAUUUCGUACAAAUCCUGAUCUUAUUUGUCAUUUAGCAGUGGCUCAACAUAAAUGUAAUCGAUCUGAAAGUGCAUUAACAUUACUUAAUGAUGCACUUAGAAUUGAUUCUAAAAAUGCUCUAUGCAAAUUUCAUAAAGCUGGUCUUUUAUUACAUCUUGAACGAUAUCAAGAAGCAUUGAUUGAACUUGAAGAACUACGGCAAAUCGCACCUAAAGAAUCGCUUGUCUACUAUUUACUUAGUAAAGUUCAUCGACAUUUGAAAAAUUUCCACUAUUCAUAUAUGUAUAUGUCAUGGAGUAUGGAUCUUGAUCCAAAAGGUGCCAAUAACCAAUUAAAAGAAAAUGCCGACAAAUUUUAUUCAAAAGAUGAAGAUCUUCUACUUGGCAUGGAAGAUAUGGCAUCGUCCGUUACAGAAGAUGAUAAUAGUCAAAUGCAAUCCCAAAGUUCGCUGCAAGAUAUACAACCAAUGGAUUCAAGUGAAGAAAUUCUUUAA